UCAAGGAGUAGUAGCUGAAAAAGAAAAAAGAGAAAAAAGCGCUCCUUCAUACGAUGUAAGUUGUAACGUUAACUUCUCUCUCUGUGUGAAAUUGUGAAAGUGUUUAACUUCUCUCUGGAACACAAUCUCUCUGCAAUGGCUGUAAAUGCCUCCGACGAGACUCUUGAAUUUGAAGUUUUGCUCACUACAUAUGCUCUUCCUGUCCAAUUCGACUUGCUUCUAGGUUCAACUUCAAACUGCAUCGGUAUCGAAUGGGUUUAGAGAUGUCCCCUUAACCCUUCUUCUUUCUUCAUGCGGAUUGGUGGAGAUUUUUAUGUUGAGCUUUCUUUCUUGGUCAAGACAGCUAGCUGGUUGAUAGAGACUUUUAUUAUACUGUUGGUGGACUGAUGGAUAAUGCUAUUGUAUUUUCUUCACUUCAUUUAGGAAGUGUGGAUCAAAGUUGCAGCAUACCUGUUAGCUGUUCAAAUUUUAAAUUGCUAAAGCAAACUAUUGAUGAAGUCGACCAGCAUUGCUCUCUUGAUAUUUUGCCUCUUCUUUUAGAGAAGGCUCCAUUUCCAGCAAAGCUGAAAUGUCCCUUUCACAGCUCACAUUCUUCUGUUGUGCAGGCCCCAGAUGUCUAUAGCAUUUCAAUGUUGCCCGAAGAAGGCAACAGUUUACGAUGUGCUUCAGUAUUUGGCUAUUUGAACUUUUUAAAAGUUUAUAAUUCAUCUAAAAGUCAGAUGUGCAUGGAUGCUCAGUCGAGUUGCCAGAACGGCAUUGAUUCACAAGCAAACAUGGCAGAUUCUCAUCCCCCAUGCAUCAUUGAGAUAGAUCUUGAGAAGGGAUGUAUUCAAGCACCAGAAUCUGAAGAGGAAGCUAUCGAAAGUUUUAAACGUGAGGGUUUACUCACUAGGGUGUUUCGCAGACAGGCAAGCCUAAAAGUAGGUGGGAAACUUAUGCAUCUUCUAUUCAACCAUGGCACUUCAAGAGAUAACCCAGUGCCUGAGAAAUUUCAUGAAACACCAAACAACCGGUGGAGAAGAUGCAAACGCACUGCCUCAUUUGAUUCCAGAAAAGUCGUUUUCCUGUUUUCAAUCUUGUCAAGUUUGGGGACAUUGGUUUUGAUAUAUCUGACAUUGAGAGUUCGGCAGAGUGCCGAUGGUUUCAUUCAUGUCUAAUUCGCUGCCACCUCAUUCAUGCUUCAAAUGAAUUAGUUGCUGUUGUGUCUUGAGGGCUGCUUCUGAAUUAACCUUCUUUGUAAUGUAAAUAUUUGGCAUUUUCUGGUGUAUUCUGUAUAUGGGUAAUUAGCUUGUGUUGUUGUAAUAAUGCUAUGUGGUUUGCAGCUAUUGAAAGCUGAUAGCAGACUUUUUAAUUUGGAUAA